UGUGUGUGUGUGUGUGUGUGUGUGUAGUUCAAAUGAAAGCAGAAUGGGAAAACCAAAGUAACCCGUGAACAUGUCAGAAGCUGUAUCGUGACUCUGUUCACUUCCUCUUCCUCGUCCUUUCGAGUGAGUGAGUGAGUGAGUGAGAGUGAGUGAGAGAGAGAGAGGGAGAUACAGAGAUACAUACAGCGAAAUCAUAUGAAAGGUGCUAAGGCCGGAAGUGUUCGGAAAGAGGAAGUUGAGAGUUGUGAGUCAGAGACAAGAAAUUGGUGUGAAGACAGAGAUACACUCAGAGAAACAAGGCAUGGACAAAUUAGAGUAAGUAUGGUGGAGUGGAAAAAAGGACAGAGGUAAAAAAAAAAAAAAAACAACGGAUGAAACUGAACUGGAAAACACAACAAAAAGACAACAAGUGAAGAGGAAAGGAGAAGGCUGAACAUUGCGACAGAUGACAGAGUCGGAUAUGAGAAAACGCUGUGUCGGCACUCUUCUGGUCCUCAUGCUGAUACAGACAGGCAUGACAGACAGUGGGAUUUCUGUGUCUCACAAAUGGCAUGGAGACCACCUAUCUAUCACCUGUCGUCUCAUGGGGGACAAAGACACUGUUUCUCAGAUCAACUGGGAGAUGACCAGCAGUUCGAACCACACCACCACCAGAUUGAAACUGGGCAUCUUCCACCCCGUGUUUGGUACCUACGUGGUCCCGGAGUACAACGAUACUGUGGAGAUCCAGGGAAACGCCUCCAGCGGCCAUUACACGCUCAGGCUGAGAGGUAGCACUGUGUUGGAGGAGAGUCAGUUCUGCUGUAAAUUCAUGACCUUUCCCUCUGGAGGGCUGGAGCACUGUACAAAUACCAGGAUUAAUGAAAGCACAGAGGAGGCCCAGGUGUCAGAAGGCCCACAGGGUUUACUAGAGGAGAGACAAGUGGAGCAGUGGGCUCUGCUAGUAAUGGGACCUACCAUCUGUCUCCUCAGUAUCGCGAUCUCUCUCUACUACUGCUUGAAGUAUUGCUGCAGACACUGCUGCCGCAGGAGGCGAGUGUUCGAGGUGGAGACUUAUCUGACAGACCAGCACACAGACUCGGAGGAGGUCACAGAGGAGCCACCCCAUCAACCCCCCCUUCCCUCACCCCCUCCCCUCCAGCUCCAGGGUUUUGACCCCUCUAAGCUCUACACUAAGAUCAAGCAGGACCUGCUGUAUGGACGACUGUGGAAGGCCUACCAGGGGACAGCUAAGGCCUGGGGCCCCACAACACAGCAGGGUCCACACCAGCAAGGGCCACAACAAGGGGCAGAACUAGGGCCACAAAAGGUCUAUUUUCUUCUGGGGGAUCAUCGGGUGUCACAGAGAGAGGAAUCAGAAGAACCAGAACUAGAACCUAAUCUAGAACAAGAACAAGAACCUCAACCAACCCUUGAAAGAACCGUGGAACCACAGACUGAGCCUGAACCUAUCCAUCCUUUAGCCCUGGAACCUGGAACACAGAUGGAGGUUCAAGAACCAGAAUGUAAUUUAGAACUAGAACCCAACUUCCCAUCAACCCUUUCUGCACAGAGGGAGGAACUGGAAUCAUACAUAGGAACAGAGAAAGAGGAAAUUGAAGAAACCAGAGACUAACCCUUCAGCAAGGAGGUUCAUGAAGGGAAGGUGUGUUGUGUUGUUGUGUGUGUGUGCGGGCCGUGCGUGUGUGCGUGUGUACGUGUGUGUUGGGAGGAAUAAUGCACUGUUGACAUUGGGUGAAUAACCCUGACCUCCUAAGGUUAGCUGUCAAUCAAUACGAUUAAUAAUUAUUGCCCCAGUGAGAAAUUUGGAGUAAAAAUUAAACUCACAGGUAAUCGCCAUGGUUUUUUGUUUACUGUGAACAUCGUACGUGUGGUUAGACGUCUCUCUCUCUCUCUCUCUCUCUCUCUCUCUCUCUCUCUCUCUCUCUCUCUCUCUCUCUCUCUCUCUC